GAUCCCUCGAUGGUCUCUUAUGAUCCACAAAUAAAAGCCUUCUUUAUAUGUGCAGAAAUUAUUCUCAAAAAAUACCAUGAUCUUUUUUGCAAGAAAAUAAAGCUUUUUCAAAAAUAUGUUCUAAAUUAAGUCUUUGCCUUUAAAAUGAGAUCUUGUUCAUCAAGAAUUACAUCUAUCUGCUCUCAUUGAUGGCGUAAACCAUAUUACAAAAUCAAGCUUGAAGAAUAACCUUAAUUUGGAUAGAAAAAUUCUUCAACUUAAAGUUAUACUGAAGUAGAAAGGAAUAACUGUAAUGAAUGGAUGAUCUCAAAUAGAUUAUCCAAUUUGGUAUAGAAAUGGCCAAUAUUAAUAAAUGUAAAAGUAACAAUGAAACAUGAAAGUAUGGAUUAACAAAUAUUUCCUCGGAUAAAAGGCGCCAGUUUACUGUCCACUUAAAUUCAAAAAUUCUUCCCAAAUUGAAUGCUCCUUUAAUAUAUGAAAUUGGAUUUUCAAUUAAAAAAGAUACAGCAAGGCUAUAAAGAAUACUUCCCAAAUACCAGUGGUCGUCUAAAAAUGCAUUUAGACUUGAAAAUAAUAAUAUCAUAGCUAUCGGAUCAUUAAAAAGUCUUAAUACAAAUAUAGAAUGUAUUCGAUAUGAUGUACAGCACAUCAAAAUCAAUACAUAAGGUGGAACCUUUUUGGUUUUUGAGUAAAUGCGGAAGACCAAGGCUAGUAAAACAAUGUAGAGAAUAGCAAAGAUAUACUGAGCUAUUUUAAUUUGUGCCCCUUGCACGGUGACAUAAUAUAGAGCAGAAAAAAUGUACAAAAAGCCAGCAGGAUAAACCAAUGGUCCUGUAUCACCUUUUAGCUUUGAAUAAUCCAAUGUACCAUUUAAAAAACCCUCCACUUCUUGCAUAUAAGCUUUCCAGUCGAUUUCUGUAUAAGGCACUUUUUCGAUAAUGAAUACAUUCAAAAGCAUUUCCAAUAAAAUAAAUAACUUUGUAGUUAUUACAAUUUUUCUUGGAUCUGUUAAUAAGGACCAAAAUUGAGGCCAUUCGAAACUUUUGAACCAACUAUUUUUACCUCUUUUGGAGGCUUUAUUUAUACUAUUGUGAUUAGUACGACUAUCACGGCGUGGCGCCAUAUCUUUUUUUUUUUUUUUUUCUUUUUUUUCUUUUUUUUUAUAAAUACACGUGUUCUAUCUCGUAAAAGCACAAAUAAACCGAAAGUGAUUAGAAAUGAGACGGUUCUCUGAAUAUUAUGAAAUUAAUUCUUUCACGAGAAAGACGAGUUGCAAGUAACGAUCACCAUGUGGCAGUAUAGUCACUCCGUGUCAUUUUAUCGUUUGCUAUUCUCAGUUUACUUUUAUCAAGUCUUUGUAGAAACGAAAUAUGUUAAAAACUUGUUUCUUCUUCAUGUGGAAGAAAUAACUAUUAAAAAGUAUAGUUUAUUAUUCGUGUGUAUCGUUACCAUAUCGUUAUUUCCAAUGGACACUAUACAUUUGUAACGUACUUUUGUACAAUUGUGUAAGAUUUAAAAAUAGAUCGGUUACAGGAUCAAUAUCGGUCUACGUGUCCAUUAUCUGGAUCCAUAUCUUGUAACAUUAAAAUAAAUAAACUCCUUUUUAAUUGCAUUGUGAUAUAUAACAUUUUUAAAUGAUAUUAUUUUAUCAGAAAAAUAUGUUUAAUAAGGAAGUGUUCGUUUAAUUAAAAUUAUACAUCAUGUUGAAAUUAAUCUUUUUUAUUUGUAUCAUUAUACAAUGUUUAAUUAGUUCUUCGUUAGUUUUCUGCAAUUAUAAUAUUUCACAUCCUGAAAGUAAUGGAAUUGAAAACUUAAACAAUGACAUAAAUUUAGAUUCUACAAAUAACAAUGAUAUUGAUGGAAACGAUAUGAAGCAAACAGAAGACUACAUUGAUCCACAUUCUUUUUAUUAUGAUAGACAUCAAAAACAAAUAAUAAAAGAUACAAAAAUAUUUUCAAGAAACCAAGAUACAAAAUCUGAUCAAGUAAAAUUAUUAAAAGAAAGUAAUGAAAAUUGUGAGACAGUGAAAGUAUAUUAUAAGCGUUUGAUUAUGAAGUUACUCUUAAUUGCUAACUUAAAGAUGAAUGAUAAUGAUGAUACGGUAAAGGGACAAUUAUUUGUAAAAGGAACAAGAGCGCAAAUCGAAACACUUAGAAAAGUAGAAACUAAUAAUUAUUCUAUGAAAGAAAUUGAUGUAAUCUUGAGUAAAAUUUUAUUGGAGUCUUUAUCCUUUGAUAAUGCUUCUGAUAUGUUCGAUUUAUAUUGGAUUAGUCAGUCUGCAUUAAAAUUUACUAUGGAUUACUAUGCAUAUGCGAUUAUUAUUGCCUGUAGUAUACUGACAAUCGUCAUAUUAUUAAAAAAUAUCCCAUAUUUUUCUCCAUUUUUAAUUAUUAUCAUCAUGAUAAUAACAAUUAGCUUUUUCCAGACUUGGUGGCAACUAAUAAAGGAAGCCGAGAUCGAAUUAGCGUCAACACAAAUGAAAUACAUUGAAAUGCCUAUAGCUUGUCAGCCGAGCAAAAUGAGUUUUUGGGAGAAAAUAUACUCACAUUUCACUGAUGGCAAGGAAUGUGAAAAAUAUUACGAAGCUAGAUUAGGUAACCCAAUAUUGCAAGUAACACCUGCUAAGGCUUUUUCACACAUGGUAACCACAACCCUAACGCAUCCAAUACCUAUUAUUGGAACAACAAUGUCUCAAUUUAUAAAUAAUGUAACUGAUCACUUUCCUUUCUAUAUAAAAUACGUGGUGCAAAUAUCUUUAUAUGUAUUGUUACCUAUAUACCUUUUGGUUGCUAUUUUUAUUUAUAGAGGAGGUUCUAUUAGAUUUGGAUUACCAUUUAAUUGUUCACUGUUGUCACUUGAACAGACUCCAUUGCCUCCGAAUAAUGCUGAAAAGAGGCAGACAAUUGAGUUAAUUCGUGAGAUUUUUGCCGAAGUGCCUCCUAAUAUUCUACUAAAAAAUAAUGAAAGUGUUAAUGCAGUGCUAUCGUCUGAUACUUUCGAAGAACAAAAAAAUAAUAGUCCUACGAACAAUGCAGUCGAAGAAUCUUCUAAAUUAAGAUCAAUUGAAUUUGUAAAAGAAUUGAAUCAUGCUAGUGGUGAUUCAAAUAAAAAUAAUUUAUUUUCUGAAGAAACUGAAGAGGAAAGUGAAAAUUGCUUAAAAGAGCCUAAACUUGAUACGAAGAAAUAUAUUGGAGGUGGCGAUGCUUAAUAUUUUAUCGUUAAAUAUAUUUUUUAUUGUUUAAGCUUGAAUACUUGUUAAGUUAAUUUUAAUCACUUGCGGCGCAAAGAAAUUCACGGUUGCGCGUGGCAGAACAGUCGAGUGCAAAUCACUUCGGGGCGCAAAUAAUAUCACUGGCUUCACUAUCACUUUCCAUUUUACAUUCUGAGAUCAAUAUUUAUAACUUUACACGAUGAAGUGCAAGCAGAAACUGUGUCUCGGUAAAGAAUUUCAUUAACAAUUGACGUGCCACGCACGUCAUUUUUCUUUCUGCAAUAAUCGCCUGACGAUGUGUGUAACACGUUCCGGUAACAGAAGCAUCUCGACGCACGUGGCACGUCUUUUCCAGCGCAAGUGGUUAAGGAAAUAUUUUCAAGAUCUUGCAUUAAAAAAUAUAACAAGUAAAAAAUGAUUGUGUAUUUAUAUAAUGAUUACGAAAAUCACUCUUGAAAUAAUUUUUUAUAUUAAAUAAUUAAAAGCAUAUUUGUGAUUAUGGACAAUGCGUGUACUUUUUCUGUAACCAUAUUAGUUUGAUAUUUCAAUUAAAUAAAUAGAUUUUUCUGAAAAGAA